GGCCGUUUGGUGAAUGACUUUAAGUGUUAUAUAAACUGAAAUCGCUGCCAUGCACAAGCAGAACUCGACUGCGAUAUCAUCGUCUCGGUAAACGACUUGUUGGAACAAUGGAGCUCAAGGUAUUUCUGAUAGUAAUGCUUGUUACGCUUGCAGUAAACGUGGAAGCGAAGAAAAGGAAAAGAAAAUCUCCGACAUGCAAGAAAACGGACAUCGAAAUCAUGGUGACGAAACUUAACGAGUUGAAGACUGAAACCCAAAAUUGCUGCGCAGGAAAUGGAGGAGAUGUCCCUGACAUAGCAGAAAUGAAGGACGAUGUGACACAGUCCAAGGCGACAAUUGAGGAGGUUAAGGCGGAUGUUGACGAGAUAACUGGUGGUAUAUCUACGAUAAAAGAUAUUUUGGAAAAAAUGCGGAGUUCAGAAUGUGAAUCACGAGAUGAAUGCGUUGGUGAGUUUUUGGUUUCUGGACCAAAUCACAGAGUCGCAGACAAUACGUUGAUAGCCUCGACUGUAUGGGAUCGUUACCAUGGACCAAGUAGGGCAAGACUUGGCACACAAGAACUGAAUCCUUACAAGGGAGCAUGGUCUUCGGCAAUAAAAGUGAAUCAAUGGAUACAAGCAGAUCUGGGAAAAUUGAUGCAAGUGAAUGGUGUUGUUACACAGGGUAGAGACGGGGCAUACCAGUGGGUGACGUCCUACAAAGUUUCCUACAGCGAAGAUGGCAGUUCAUUUAAGAAAAUCGAGAAGGAUGGGAACCAGGUCUUCAAAGGGAACAAUGACAGGUAUACCCCCGUCCUCAACUCGUUUAAGCCUGUGCAAGCACGGUACAUCCGCAUCCAUCCCGUGACAUGGAAUGAGCAUCCUUCCUUGCGAUUUGAUGUCACCGGAUGCUAUAAUUAACAGUCGUUAUAUUCCACUGUUCAGUCAUGAGAUUCCUUCCGACCUUCUCCCGAUUAUAGUACAUCCCGAUUAUCACCAUCAUAUGGGCCAUCCGUCUUUGCGAUUUGAUAUUACUGGAUGGAAACAAUUAACUGUUCAGUCAUGAGAUUUCUUCCGACCUUCUCCAGAUUAUGGUAUAUCAAUCAAAAUGACAAAGAGCAGCAAUUGAUAUUUCUCCACAUGGUUGUUUAGUGUUUGGAAUCAUCUCUACAAGACGUUAUAUUUGGAUAGGACAUUUGACUAUUGUCGUUGCAUCAUUUUGAAAACAAUACAAAUGGCCAUAAAGGAACGAGCCUUGAUAGUUUUCUGCUCAUUUGAGUUAACAAAUGAAAUUAUUCAAAUGGGAAAAAUUAUUACUAGUCACUCUUUUAAUUGUAACUUUAAAUGAAGGAAUACAAUGAUGUGGAAUAAAAC